GACCACACCGACAAGGCACAACCAGCCCAGCUACCAUGGGGAAGGUAAGCCUUCAAAACAGCUAUGUACACCAAGUCAACAUAGACUAGGAUAGUAAAAAGGGUGUUGAUGGCAAUAUCAAUUUCAGGCAUUCCCAUUGAAUUCAUGUGGGUGUUUUUGUGUUCUGGUAUUCUUGUACCACCAUUUAUUAGAAUUGAAAGGUUGAAUCUUAUCCUUGAUCAUCUAUUCUUUGUAUCAAUCCUUGAUUAAUGUUCUGUCUUUAUGAAUAUUAACAACAUGAUAUCAAUUUUAUGCCUAGAUCAUCUUCUACGAAGACAAGAACUAUGGUGGCUGUCACUUUGAGUGCAGUGGUGACUGCACAGACAUGCUUGGCCUUCUCAGCCGGUGUAACUCCAUCAAGGUGACAUGUGGAUGCUUCAUGAUCUUUGAGAAGCCCAACUACACCGGCCACCAGUACUACCUGUGUCGAGGAGAGUAUCCUGACUACCAUCGUUGGAUGGGCAUCAAUGACAACAUCAACUCGUGCCACAUCAUCUCCUUGGUGAGCUCUCUGUUUGUAUGACUGCCCUUAUGAAAAUUAAGUUAAUAAAUGUGUAUUUAUCAACAGUUUAUCAAAAGUUCAUAAAUGUAUAUUGCACCAGUUAACUUUUUCCUGAACUAAAAGCAAAACAUUUAUUUGUAUUAUAUGUUUAUUUCACAUUCAUAUAGUACAAAUAGUACAUUCACUAUAAAAGUAUGUUCAGAUAAAAGUAUAGUGUACUCUGUAUAUAUUUCACUCUCAAAAAGUAAACUUGGAGCAUUCUAAUUUGGGGCGGAAAUUAUGCAAAUUAUAACGUGUGUGGAAUUCUGGGUAAACAUGCUCCUGAGAGAUCAUUGCUAAAUUGUCUUGUGAUUAAAUGUCACUUAUUACACUUGUAACAAGUUGGUGUAGGUGUGUGUGUGCAGGGGUGGGGGUGUGUAACCAUAAUGAUUUGUAAUGCUCCUCUGAUUAUCACAUAAAGAUAGAAGUUCUAAGAUUGCACAAUUAUAAUAGUUUUUUCACCUUCUCAAAUCAAUAACAGGUGCCUGGAUCCUACAACAUACGUCUCUUUGAGAGAAUAGAGUAUGGUGGGCAGAUAAUGGAUCUGGUGGACGACUGUCCCAGCGUCAUGGAUCGUUUCCACAUCAAUGACAUUUUCUCUUGCAAUGUGAAAGGAGGAAACUGGCUGUUCUACGAGCACCCAAACUACAGGGGAAGGAUGUACCUUAUAAAGCCUGGGCAUUACAGGAGAUUCAGCGAAUGGGGCGGCAGGAGUGCCAGAGUGGGUUCCAUUCGACGAAUCAUGGACUACUAAACAUACCCUCCUCUCAAUUCAUUGGACGUUGUGGCUACCUCCUCAGCGGAUAGCUAGGAAUCAUGGUGCGACAAUAACUCUUUGAAUAUCAAUAUUCAACCCAACAUCAACCCGAUAUCAAGCCAUCUUGCUAUCAUUUGAGUUAUACAAUCACUGAAGUCAAGAGAUCGUAUACCCCACCGUCACUGGACAUUAAUGGAUAAUCUAAUUUCCUGUUCUUGGGAUAAAAUGCAAACAUAAAAGUAUAGAGAAGGUGAAAAUGAAAUCAGAGAAGAUGUCGAACAAACCUCAACGACAUGAUGGGAUAUAAGUUGUUCCAAGGAGAGACAACUGAUAACAAAGCCUAUGGGCAAAAAUGAUACUUUGGAAUAUCUUCAGACAAAAACAAAGAGGACCAAUGCAAUGCAAUCUUCACCAUUUUAAAUUGCCUGUAUUUUUAUGGCAUGUUCAGCUGAUCAGAUUCAAAAAAAUAUUUUCACUUUGAUGUAAUAUUGACAAUUGUAUCUGAUGGACCAAUACUUAUCAAUGAUGAUCACUGACUAUAUCAUUUGAUCACAUUCAGUCUGCAAAUGGUAGCAAGUCUCUGGCUCUGUUCUUGACCAAUGACUCAAUGCUACAAUAAACAAAUGGAAACAUGGAACUAGGAUAUUCUAGUAAUUAACUAUUCAAUAAUCCCACCACAAUUACCAGAUGGCAUAUCACACAAUUAAAAUGUCUUCCAGAUAUGGGUUUAUUAUAGAGAUGCAUAUUCUGAUCUCUCUAUUGAUUGGCUAUUUAUCUUAUUGGUAUAUUUGUCAGGGACCAUGCACAACA